CUCUCUCUCUCUCUCUAUCUCACCAACCUUUCUUUCUAUAUAAACCCACCUUAAAUUCCCAUUUUCAUCGAAGCCUCAAACCCACGUAAAUAGAAAGAAGGAAUGGGACGUCCCCAGGUUGACUCUCCGGCGGUUUACCCUCCAGCACGACCACCACCACCACCACCAGAAUCUGACCCACAACCGCAACCCUUUUCGUAUGCAACCGAACAUCACGACCCCACUGCAUACCCUCCUGGAGAGAUCACUCCAGCAACAGCUUACGAAUCAUCCUGCAACACCGAAACUCCACAAGCUUACAACGAAGCCCCUGUUCCCUCAUCAUACCCUCCAACAAACGAUUCCUCCAACCCACAACAGUUCCCACCACAAAACCCACCAAACAAUAUGACCUAUCCUCCUCAAGCGGCGACAUAUCCACCUAACAAUCAUCCGUCGCAAUUUCCUAAGCCAAUGGGCUAUGGUCCACAGCCAGUUAACUUUCCACCACGGGAUCCAGCUGCUACAGUCCCGCAGCAGUUUCCACCUCCACCACCAUCUCCCCACAAACACUUCCAGCAAAAUGUUGCUGCACAGGGAAUUCCGAUGCAGCAGCAGCAGUUUACACCUGUCCCAGUGCAAAGGUAUGGACCUAACAUGGGCUCAUCUGCGUGGACGACUGGGCUCUUCGAUUGCAUGGAUGAUCCCCAAAAUGCUCUCAUUACGGCCUUCUUCCCGUGCUUAACAUUUGGACAGAUAGCAGAGAUAGUCGACAGUGGCCACACAACGUGCGGCACAAGUGGGCUCAUGUAUGGCUGUAUAGCUUGUCUGAUUGCAUUGCCAUGCUUGUUAUCAUGCACUUACCGUACCAAACUCAGGAGCCAAUAUGAUCUGGUGGAGGCCCCCGCCCCAGAUUGGGCCACACACUUCCUUUGCGAGUGGUGUGCUCUCUGCCAGGAAUACAGGGAACUUCGGAAUCGAGGCCUCGACCCUGAGAUAGGAUGGCACGGAAACAUGAUGAAGAAUCAGAAUCAGCAGCCACAAGUUGCUAUGAUGCCUCCAAUGAAUCAAAGCAUGAUGGGCUGAGAGUUUACUAGAGUGGUUUUUAGAUGUUGUGAUUUUUGGAUAGUCGAUCGUCCCUAUUUUUAUCUUUGGAUAUCUUGUCUGUUUGGCUGUUUGCUCAUUUAUUUUCCUUUGGAAGGAGGUAGAAAUACUCCUGUGUAUCUCCACUUGAAAUGAAAUCGUUAUCAAGUUAUAUGUA